AUAGAUAUUCUAUUUUGAAUAGAUAGAUACUUUUAUUCUACAAUUUACCUGGACUCCAUAUCCAUUUAUGUACAUGCCUACAGUGCUCAGCUGAGGUCAGAGCUCAAAUAACAAUUUCAGGACUUUGAUGAAGAUAUUGAUGAUACAGAUAGAAAUAAAAGUGAUCAUGAAAAAGUGUAUGUGCAUCAUAGGGAUACCCCGGGUAAAAAUAAUGGUGGUGAUGGUGUAAGUAAUGAUAGUGGGAGCUUAGAACAGUGUACCACAUGCAAGAGGAGCCUGGGUGGCAUAAGUGGUUUUCUAUCAGCUGCUAAACUAAAGAUUGAUGAUUAGAAACCACACAUUGAAUCCGUGGAACAAGAAAAAAUAAUCCUUUGUUGUUGAGUUGAUUCCAACUCAUAGUGACCCUACAGUAACCUAUAGGACAGAGUAGAACUGCCCCAUAGUGUUUCCAAGGAGUGGCUGGUGGAUUCCAACUGCUGAUCUUUUGGUUAGCAGCCGAGCUCUUAACCACUGUCCCACCUUGGCUCCAUGGAAGAAAGACUUGUUCAAUAAACUGUGAUUGAAUUAAUGGGUAAAUGAUCAUGGAUGUGUUAAAAGUAGAGGUGGUGGUGACAGUAACAGCAGUGGAGAUGCUCAGCAUAGACAGAAGUGCUGGUAGUGUCAUGUUGAUUGUGCUCACAUGGUGGUGAGGUUGAUAGUGAUCAGAGUGAGAAGAUGAAUGACAAACUUCCUUGCAAGGAGAAUUUUAAGAGGAUGAGACUCACUGCUGGGGAGCUAAAGGUGUUAGCCUCCAUGUAUGCACAUGUGGGAUGGAUCUUUUCUCAUCAUGAAAAACUAUGUGGGAUUUGCAAAAGUGCUACUGACCCAGAGGGAGAAAUACCUCUGAGAUUGGAUUCCAGAUCCCAACAAUGAAGUUGCAGAGUUGAGAAAAGUCAUUUGAGGAGUAGCGAUGAUCUGCUUCACUUCCCUGUGCUUAACUUUGUGCCCCAGAGGACCCCCUAUUAAGAGCUAGUUACACCAGGCAGCCCCAGGGAAUAGACAGUAAGGAGGCUCUGGAAGGUUAGCAUUUCCAUGAGUAUUAAAUAUAAAUAGGGAAGUGCCUUGGGGGUAGAAAGGGCUCCAAGGAGAAAGCUACAAGUUCUAAUAUCAUCAAAACAUGUAAUAGGCAGGGAUGGCGAAGCAGAAAUGAGAGUAGUUGAAGAAGAGAACUAGAAAAGGGCUUUGAUCCUUUCCUGGAUGAGGCCUAUUAGAAUGUGGGAGAAAAACUCUUGGGACACUAGUGUUGACCACCCACCCCCACUCCUACCCGAUAAAUAUUUUUUGGUGACUUUGGGGUGCCAUAGACUACCAGGGCUUUAAGCAGCAUAAAACAUCUAUUUAAACUUCUUCUUUUAGAGAAGAGGGAUUUAAGGUAAAGAGGGGAGAAAUGGCCCAGCCCAAUGUCCAUUGAGAGUUAGUGGCAGGGCAAGUUUAUCAGCCCAGUUGCUAAAGAGGAUGAUCCUUCUCUUAUACUACAGAGCUUCUAUACCAAACACCACUGGGGCCAAAACCCCCUCAGUUUUCCCUGUUAGUAAUUCCUGGUGCAUGCCCCCUUUGGGAACCUUUCCUUAAGAUGCCCACUGUUUACUCACUGAUAUCCUCUUCUGGGCUCUACUGUUCUGAGUGUUGAGGGACUGUAACCAGAGGAGCCUCAUUUUUUUCUUUUCCCAUCUCAUCCUCCUUCAGUCCUUACUGAGAACAUUCCCGAACUUCAAGGAGGCUCCCUGAAGGAGCCUCAGGGUUAAAUUCUUAGAAAAUAUAUAUUUCUUUUCUCCACAGCUCAAUAUAGCUGAUCGUUGGAUACAAAGUGGAUGCUUAAAGAAUCAUGGGACAUUUCAUUAGGGGCUGUAGAAGAGAUGAGUUGGCAGUUUUCCUGGUAGAGUAUGUAGGAGAAAAUACCAGGGCCUGCAACUCUGGUGCCAUGUCUGUACAAUAAGAAAAGUACUGGCUUGCAAAUCAGGGAAACUGGAAGCCACUCCAACUUUUCAGGAACAGAUUGUGAUAUAGAGUAAAUCACAUCUCCCUUCUGGUCUUCAGUUCCUUUUUUUUACAAAGUGAGGGGAGUUGAUUUUAUAAUGUGUAAGAUCCUUUCAAACUCAUGUGUUCUUUGCCUUUUCUCUUGGGAAAUUUCGCAAGUGAGAAAGAAGCCUGAAGUAAUUAAUCUUCUGUCUUCACCCCUCAGUCCUAAGAAUGAUAGAUCAUGCCAACCACACUUCGACCCAAGAUUUCAUUCUUGCUGGUUUCGCUACUACUGGGACUCUGCAACCGCUUAUCUUCUUGGGGACCCUGUGCAUCUAUCUCCUCACCCUGGCAGGGAAUCUAUUCAUCAUUGUCCUUGUUCAAGCAGAUUCUGGACUGUCCACACCCAUGUACUUCUUCAUCAAUGUUCUUUCCUUUUUGGAGCUCUGGUAUGUCAGCACCACGGUGUCCACACUGCUGCAUACCUUGCUCCAUGGAUGUUCACCCAUCUCGUCUGCUUUGUGUUUCAUCCAGCUCUAUGUCUUCCACUCCUUGGGCAUGACUGAGUGCUACUUGUUGACUGUCAUGGCGCUGGACCGCUACCUUGCUAUCUGUCACCCACUCCACUACCAUGCAUUCAUGAGCAGACAGGUACAGUUAUGGCUAGCAGGGACCACUUGGGUGGCUGGCUUCUCAGCAGCACUUGUACCUGCCAGUCUCACAGCCACUCUUCCUUUCUGCUUGAGGGAGGUGGCCCAUUAUUUUUGUGACCUGGCACCACUUAUGCGUUUGGCAUGCGUGGACACAAAAUGGCAUGCUUGGGUCCACAUUGUGGUGAUUGGACUGAUCAAUGCAUGCAACCUUGUACUCAUUUUGGGACUCUAUGGGGGCAUCCUGAGAACUGUGUUGAACCUGCCCUCAGCUGCCAGUCGUGCCAAGGCCUUCUCCACCUGCUCUUCUCAUAUGACUGUAGUGACCCUUUUCUUUGGCUCUGCCUUCAUUGUCUAUGUGGGGCCUCCUGGGAUUCCGGCUAAGGGCAUGGACAAGCUUAUUGCCUUGGUGUACACUCUUUUUACCCCCUUCCUUAACCCCAUUAUUUAUACCCUUCGUAACAAGGAAGUUAAAGAGGCUGUGAAGAGAGUCAUUCAGAGGAUUAAGGCUGUGUUAAAGGGACCCUGAGGAUCUGUAGGGUCAGAGACCAUCUACUCAAUAAUUUAAAAAAAUCAGUUCAUUAGUCAAUCAGCUAAUCAGAUACAAUAUAACAGAACAUUAAUUGUUUCUCAAACAUACUGCAUAUGCCAAAUAAAAUGAUCAGAGCCUUGGAUUUAGACAAAUUAGGCAGUGCAGAGGAAGGAGAAUAUUGUCUCUGAAACCAUGCCUGUCUAAAAUGGGAGAAAGGAUAUAUAAAUGAAAAAUAUAACAAAACAAAAAAAUAAGGGUGUGAGUAAAAAUUUUUAGGUAGACUUAGAACUUAAAGGUAGAACUAUGUUGAGUGAUUUGAGAAGAAUAGAAGUGGCUGUGGGGGCUAUGGUCAAGAUAGAAUACCUAUAGAAAGACUGAGAAGAAAGUAAUGAAUGAGACUGGCAAAAAAAGAAUUGCUUGAGUAAAUGUUUAUAUGUGAAUUGGUGAGCAAUUGGAAGAAAGACUCAUAAGAGAGGAGUCAAGUGUUCUUGGGUGAUCCUGCAAUAAAAGGAUGUUUAAAGUGGGAGCUGAGAAUUUAUUUUCUAAUGGGGAAGAGGAAGAGGAAGGGUUCUGGGUGUGUUGAUGAUCUAAGUAAGUUAUAAAAAUGUAUUCUCUCUUUUGGAUUUGAAAUGUAGGUUACUCAACAGGAAGCACCAUUCAUGGAAUCCCUCGAAUGCAAAAUUAGUUCUGGGAACAAAGCAGAGACAUAAAAAGUAGACAUCAUUUCUGUUCUCAAAGAAAUUACAUUUUGUUUUAAAGAGCCAUUUCUCCCUCUUUCUCAUACACAAACACAUACACACAAACACACACUCACACACACACACAUCACAGCAGCAGCAACAGCUGCAGCAGGUCAUAUUGACUAACACCAAGAAAUAAACUUUUCCAUUUUACUGUAUGUGCAUCUGCGGUGGUGUGAGGUCAUGAAAAGUGGCGAAGGGAGUGCAUGGAUUGGCAAGGAAAGAAUGGGAAAAACAAAAGUAAGUCUCACCGUGUUUAUUCUGACAUUUUCCACAAGCCUCAGACUUUGGUAUCCUAAUAACCUAGGUACUCAGUUUCUACUUCUUUGCAGGUUCUCUUCGAACCAGUCAUGGAGCCAUGGCGUCAACAAAUGACAUUCCGUGUCUCAGGCUAACAUGACCACAGGUCUACUGGAAAUACUAAAAGAAAACUCUUUUGAAAAAUAUCUCUCCUGUGCGAGGUUUUGUUGUUGUUGUUUGUUUUUAUGAUAAGGUUUUUGUUUCCUGUUUUUAAAUAAUAAUGUUCAAAGACUUUUUUUCUAAGCAAGGAUGACUUAGUAUUCAUUGUAAGUUAUUUUACUGGGAGGAAAGUUUGUGUGGGGUAAAACACAGUAGCAUUGACUUCCGUCCCGACUCAGUCAUCCUGACUGGGCUCACAGAGUGUUCUUAAUCACUAAUGGUUUAUCCGUUUUUAGAAUGGUUUGUCCAUUUUGAGGUUUUUCUAUAACGAUGCUGCACAGGUACAUUUUCCCUGAUCAUUUAGACCAGAUCUGGACUACACUGUCUUUUCCGACAUUUCACAGGUCCUAAUAUUUUUUUUUAACUAGAGGCCCUGGUGGUGCAGUGGUUAAGAGCUCAGCUGCUAAUCAAUCAAGGCAAGAGAAAAGAAGGACAACAUUUUGAAAAGCAAAGAGAAUCCGAUCCUGCUGACUGAGUCUUCAUCCUCUUUACCAUACCUGUCAGUUGCAGAUUUUUCAGUCUCCGUGAAACACAGGAAUCAGGCCACAUAAUGACCAUAGGACCUUUCAUUUAAAUUACAUUUUACUUAAAUGACCUUUUAUUUAAAUGUGGGCUAGAAAGACAAAAUCCUUUAAAUAUGAUUUA